AUGGAAAAGAUACGUGACGAGCGUAGAAAAAUAACGGCGGAAUGGGGUAAGUUUAAAGAAUUGCUGGAACAGAAAUGUUCUAUUUUGGCGCCGUUCUGUGGGCUUCCCGAAUGUGAAGAUGCAAUCAAAAAAGACAGCAGCAGCGAAGAGAGUGCAGAUCCAGGCGCUCCGGGAAUGGGAGCAAAAACACUGUGCAUCCCGUUAAAACAGGUCUGCCUUUAA